AUGAGAUUUCUCGCCCUUGGCGUAUUGGUCGUCAGCGUAGUCAGCGCCAUCUCGACAGGUCGCAUUCCCCAAGGUGCCCAUAUUAUCCCAGUAGACGACCAGGCUUCCCUGAGUCGCAUUGGAGCCCACCGUCAAAAGUACCCCGACCGCCGGACGGUGACGAUUCGGGCAUCAAAGAACGACAAGGACGAUGUUGCCGCGGACUUCCUCUGGGGCAUCCAGCAGGCCAACCAUGGCGGACGUUUGCUGUUGCAAAAGGGUAAGACCUAUGUGAUUGGCAAGAAGCUAAACCUGAGCUUUUUGGACAAUAUUGAAGUUCAGCUGGAGGGAGAGCUCAAGUUUACCGACGAUAUCGAGUACUGGCAAGCGAACAACUUCUACUACGCAUUCCAAGACUCCAUCACCUUCUGGGUCUGGGGUGGCAAGGAUAUCAAAAUCUUCGGCCACGGUACCUUGAACGGUAAUGGCCAGGCAUGGUACAAUGGGUUUGCGGGGCAAGAGAUUCUGGACCCGGACAACACCUACUAUCGGCCCAUUCUGUUUUUGACCGACAACGCGACCCGAGUGAGUGUCGAAGGCAUCACGCAGCUGAACUCGCCAUGCUGGACGAAUUUCUUCGUGCGCACCAACGACGUCUCUUUUGACAAUGUGUUCAUCAAUGCCUACUCGACCAAUGCCUCGGCCCUGCCCAAGAAUACCGACGGAUUCGACUCGCUCAACGUGAAUGGUCUCCGAGUCACCAACACUCGCGUUGACAUUGGCGACGAUUGCUUCUCGCCCAAGCCCAACACCAGCAACAUCUUCGUGCAGAACCUGUGGUGCAACAACACACAUGGUGUGAGCAUGGGCAGCAUCGGCCAAUACUCCGGCGUGCAGGACAUCAUCGAGCACGCAUACAUCGAGAACGUGACCCUGCUGAACGGUCAGAACGGCGCACGACUCAAGGCCUGGGCCGGUCAAGACGUUGGCUACGGGCGCAUCAACAACAUUACAUACCGCAACAUCCACAUCGAGAACACGGACAAGCCCGUCGUGCUCGACCAGUGCUACUUUAACGUGAAUGCGACCGAGUGCGCGGCGUACCCGUCCGCGGUCAACGUCACCAACAUUGUGUUCGACAACAUCUAUGGCACCUCAUCCGGCAAGAAUGGCAAGGAAGUCGUGGAUCUGACAUGCUCGCCCAACGCGGUGUGCUCGGGCAUCCAUUUGUCGCGGAUUAAUAUAACCAGUCCCGCAGGCAGUCCGCCAGUGAUCAUCUGCGAUGGGAUUCAGGGGGAUAUUGGGGUGAACUGCACGAGUUCGACGUAA